UACGUCAUCCCCCAGCCUCCUUUUGCCACCAUCUUUGUUGGGGGCGGCAACUUGAGGGCCCAGAAAGCUUGUCGCUGCUCACUUUCUCGGUAUCGUUCCACGUUCACUACCUAUGCUGGUAAAGUACGAGAAAGAGUUGGAGCUAAGUAGUGACGCUUUUGCCAAAGACUUCCCUUUCCGUGGUCCCCUUAACGACAGGAGGACACGGGAGAGCGCGCGUCGCGCCGAUGACGUUGCGGCGGCUCCUCCACCAUCUUGGUUGUGGACGGAGGUGGCAACUUCGGAGCAGCGGAGGGGUACAGCUGUCUAAAUGCCGAGGCUCGGCGGGCGUGGGCUCUGGCUGGGCCUGGCCGCGGCGGCGGUGGCGGCGAUGAUCGCUCGGCUGACAGGCUGGUGGAGUCCCCGCGCUGACUUCCGCCUUUUCAUACCCGAGGAGCUGGCCCGCUAUCGCGGCCGCCCUGGGGACCCUGGCCUCUACUUGGCCUUGCUCGGCCGCGUCUACGAUGUGUCCUCUGGCCGGAGGCACUACGAACCUGGGGCCCCGUAUAGCGGCUUCGCAGGCCGAGAUGCAUCCAGAGCGUUUGUGACCGGGGACUACUCUGAAACAGGCCUUGUGGAUGAUGUAUCUGACCUGUCAUUUUCUGAGAUGCUGACACUCCAAAACUGGCUUUCAUUCUACGAGAAGAAUUAUGAAUUCAUUGGAAGGGUGAGCGGACGCUUCUAUGGCCAGGAUGGGCUGCCCACCCCAGAACUGACCCGGACAGAAGCCAUGAUCGCCCGAGGCGUGCAGGCAAAUAAGCAGGACCUGGAAGAGAAGCAGAGGUUCCCCCCGUGCAAUGCCGAGUGGAGCUCCGCCCGGGGCAGCCGCCUCUGGUGUUCCCCGAAGAGGAAGUACUGGCCAAACGGAGGCGUCUGUUCCUGUAAGAAGAAAGUGGCGCGUGAUCCUGGUCCAGGCACUGGAACCUUUCCGGGUACUGGUUCCAAGAAGCUCAUUUCCCAUUUCCAAGGCUUGUGGGACCACUGGAGACCGAACUCAUUGCCCUAGGAUGAGUUAGGGCCCUCUGCCCGUGAUAGGAGGCUGCUCCGCUGUGCUGGGCCAGAGCUUGAUCCUCCAGCUCUGAAGUCCGGAGACAUCAAGGACCAGGCCUGCGCAAGGGGCAGGAAAGCCUGCACGUGCACCCGGGCCUCCCAGAGACGGCUGACCCAUCGGGCCUUGGCUUUUCCACCCUCACCCAAGUGCCCCAGACGCUAAGGGCCAGACACAGCCCCACACUGGGAUGUGGCGGGGAAGGGAGAAGAGAGUCAGAGCCGGACACUGCUUCGGAGAAGCUCCCAGGCCAGGGGCGGAAAGCCUUUCACAGGCGUUGCCAGCAAUGCAGGGAAGCCGUGCUGCCUCCUAGGAAGGCAUGGAGCACGGGCGGGGGCCACAGCGAAAGGACCGUGGCCCUGCCCUCAGAGCAUGAAGGCCUGGUGACCACGGCAGACCGCCGCCCCAGGAAGCCCCCAAGAUGGGAAGUGGGCUGGCUUCUGCCUUUCACAAGCCCUGCCUCACGGCGUCCUCUCCCCUUCCCAGAGAAACGCAGGAGUGCCUGCUUUUAAGAAGUUCUCUUUCAUUCUCUCCCUAGUGGAGGUGUGAGCAGAGACUGGACUGGAGUCCCCAGGAAGCUGUUUAAGCCAGGUGCCAAGGAGCCCCACUGCGUGUGCGUGAAAACAACCGGCGCCCCUAGCGACCAGACGCCGGACAGCCCCCCACACAGGAAUCGUGGGGACUUGGACCACCCCAGCUUGGCCGAGUACCCAGGCUGCCCACCCCUGGCCACCUCGUGCUCCCUCCCCCUCUAAAGUGGUUCCCUGUAUGCUGCCCACCCACCAAGAGCCCUGCCUGGAAGCCUAGUGGCUCCUGACCUGAACCAAGAGGGCCUGGAAGGAGAGGAGCGUGGCUGUGCUCCGCGAACGUGACUGAUGCCGCCUCACUGUGACUCACCAUUCUGGUGCCUGAGGCCACAGCUUGGCAACCUGCCGCGUACCAUCAGCCUGUUUCCGCCACUGCGCCCUUCAUCUCCUCGCCCACCCGCUUUGGAGUCCGCAGGUGUGAGUGAGCACACACAAGACCAACUCAAAACUAGCCGGCUGGACACACAAAGAGGCGGGGAGCCCCGGGAGCUUCCUUCCAAGACUUUGGGACCGCCUAGAUCAGCUGUGCCCUGUCUCUAACUCCCAACCUGGUCGGGGGAUCGGGGGCACUGGCAAGAGAGACCCCGUCUUUCCCUUACACCUCCGAAACAAGCAGACACGUCCAGAAAAGUCGUGUAAAUUAACGGUGUCGCCUAAACAAGGUCCUACUCCCCGUACAGCACGGGGAACGAUCCUUCAUCGGCAUCUUGUGAUGAACCACAGCGGAAAGAACGGGUAGAGGCGUGGCGAGCUACAGACAGCUGCGUGACUGAGCCACUCUCUCACACACUGCAGGUCGACUAAACUAAAAUGGGGAGGAAAGGUGUUAACCCUGUUCCGGUCACUGCCGGGACCCCCGACUUCGACGGCCUUUCUGUAUGUAAGCUCUCUACCGGAAGGCUUUGGUUGAAUUUACAACCGAAAGCCACACUGAGUGACUCUGAGCUAGACCACUUCAGCAAGAGGUGAAAACAGGAUAGGCUAAUUCGAGAAAUGGAAAAGCCUUUACUUGUAUGGAUGCAGCAAAUCCAGCUGCCUCGGAACAAAGCAACAAUUUAAAAGCAAGGGUGUUGUUUCUCUUUUAAACAUUUAAGAAUAGGGGUGGUGUGGCUUUGUUUUGGGGUUUUUUUGUCGUCUUUUUUUGUCUUCUUAGGGCCACACCUGCAGCAUAUGGAGGUUCCCAGGCUAGGGGUCCAAUCGGAGCUGUAGCUGCCGGCCUACACCACAGCCACAGCAACACCAGAUCCGAGCCGUGUCUGCGACCUACACCACAGCUCAGGGCAACGCUGGAUCCUGAACCCACUGAGCAAGGCCAGGGAUCAAACCUGCAACCUUAUGGUUCCUAGUCGGAUUCAUUAACCACUGAGCCAUGACGGGAACUUCCAGGGUGGUGUGUUUUCAAAAGAAGUCUGCAUUCUAAGUAAAAGAUUUCACUGCUUCGACACAGACACUGGUUAGCACCACAAAAUUUGGGCAAGGCUGCCAAGUGCAAAACAAGCAGCCUCAACAGUUCAAGGUCACCUGUCAUCUACACCAGACAGCAUUCAUGCCCAUCACCCCCUGGUUUCUAGUGAAGCAGCCAGGGGCAAGGAGUGUUCCUACCUUAGCGAUAAGGAAAUGGGUGCAAUUUCAGGUGCACCAUCUCCUCAUCUGCGCCGUCACCUCACUUCCCAGUCCCUGCGGCUGUUCAUCGGAACGUUCUCUCCCCCUCCUUUCUCUUUUUUCCUCUCCUUUGUCAUUAAUCCCACUCGGUGGCGCUCCAGCUUGGCUGACCAGACAGGGGAGGGACCCCCCCUUGGCUGGUGGGGCUCCCCGCCCUCUGCCCACAGCCGUUGCUCAGGCCUGGACUCUGCUCGGCCCCUUGGCUGCCCGGCGCCUUCGUCACCUGCCCUUCCUGCACCUCCUACCUCUUCAGGCCCCGCUCCCCCUCUCAGGACACGUUCAACAGCUCCCAUCCUUCACUCCCUCAGGCCACAUUUCUCAGAAGCACCGUGUCGACUUCCUGCCCCAGCUGAGCCUUUUGGAAACGCUGCCCGUGCUCAGGGUCUCUGCCCCUCAGCCCCCAUUCACUGUGCAGCACGGUCGCCUGGUCUCUGCCCUUCCCUGCUUGACAGCGGCCUGAACUGGCCAACCCACAGCCACCUGCCCUGAUCACCCGCCUGACCUGUCAUAUCUGAGGGCCCCCCGGCUUUUUCCUGACUUCCCUUAUCUCCCCGGGUGUCCCCCUCAGCCUCCCUAAGACCCCUCUCCUCCACGAGUCCUUCCCGCCAGCUCCUCUUACUCCACCUUCUGCGGCCACUCAGACUGCCGGACCUGCUAUCUCGUCCAGGCGGCCCCCGGACGCCAAGGUUUUGGCAUGCGAUCUGCACCUUCUCCCUCAGCACUCCACUCGUUCCGUGGCACAGUCGCACCAUCACCACCUCUAAGUACCAGUCACACCAAGUGAGAAGCCUGGCAGUCAUCCCCGAGCCGCUGCUCCCAGCGGGUCUCCAGGGCCUGGCAGCCCCACAUCUGGAGUUCUCCCCUUCGCACCCCCUCAUCUAGGCCCAGUUCUCCCCUCGAGGCAGUCCUUUCUCACCUGGAUCCCUACAGGGGUCUAAACGCGCCCCUCCAGCCCAUCCUCCCCACUGCCCAGUCAUCUUGACGGGUGGGCAUUCUCCACAGAAACCUCUUCCCUGGCUCCCGUACCCGUAGGCAUCAGGCACUAGCUCUGCAGCAGAACACGAGGCCCUUCGAUGGCCCUCUCCUCUCAGCACCUGGAGUGCUCCCACCACCCCUGGCCCCCAUGCACCGCUGCCUCGGGCCUUCAUCUCACUGCAUUAUGCCUAAGACUCCCUCACCCAGGCUGUCCUUCUGCCUAGAAUGACACUUUUUUUUUUUUUGGUCUUUUUGCCUUUUCUAGGGCCACUCCCAUGGCAUAUGGAGGUUCCCAGGUUAGGGGGUCUAAUUGGAGCUGCAGCCACCAGCCUACACCACAGCCACAGCAAUGCAGAAUCCAAGCCUCAUCUGCAACCUACACCACAGCUCACAGCAACGCCGGAUCCUUAACCCACCGAGUGAGGCCAGGGAUCGAACCCGCAACCUCAUGGUUCCUAGUCGGAUUUGUUAACCACUGUGCCACAACGGUAACUCCCAAAGAACUUAAUAAAGACACAAAGCAAUGAAGCUGAGCCUAGAACUCAAGGUUCUUGUCCUGAUUCACUGCUGUCUUCAUGCUUCCAGUUUGGUAUGUCUCUGCCCACCCUGGAGCAGGAGCAAACAGCUGGUCCAAACUAGGGGUGAGCACAAUGGAAGACAGGUAAAGGAAAGGAAAACAGUAGUUCAAGAAAGCGUGAGGGCCAGGCACGCUGCUAGAUGUGUACAAUUUGCACGGGGGGCUUAUGGAUCAAUAGAUUUUAACUUGUGAAAUUCUAAACUUCCUUAGUUUUCUCCGAACCUCACAGUGCUGGUCCUCCCUUCAGAUCACAACCAGCAGAAACCUCACCAAGGGCGGAUCCUCUGGAGUUGCUCCCAGAUAAUGGAGUCAGAGAGGGAAUUUCCAGAGCCCCUCGAGAGAGCCGCGUGGGGUCGGUGACAGAGACUGGGUAGCUAGGAUCAGACACGUCACCAUCAGCCGAAGUCUGGCCAAGAGCACAGUACAUGCGGGCAGCUGGUUGUUAUGCCUAAAAAAGCUACUUGUUUUUCUUUUUUGGCCACAUCUGUAGCAUAUGUAAGUUCCCCGGCUAGGGGUCAAAUUGGAGCUGCAGCUGCAGCUGCAGCCUAAGCCACAGCCAUAGUCUGCGCCACAUCCCCAGCAAUGCUGGAUCCAAGCCACAUCUGCAACCUACACCACAGCUUACAGCAAAGCUGGAUCUGUAACCCACUGACCAAGGCCAGGGAUUGAACCCCCAUCCUCACAGAGACAACGUCGGGUCCUUAACCUGUUGAACCUCAAUGGAAACUCCUAAAAUAGCUACUUUUUGACUGCUGUCAAUAAUGUGUUUCUGAAAAGCACUGGAAAUCCAAAUUUUCCGAGAGAGUAGUGGUUUAAAAAAUGUAUUCACAUGUCAAGAGUUUAAAGUUUGUUUGUUUUUAAUGCUUAUUGGUACUUUUUGCAUUAAAAAGAACUACAAAUGUGUUAUUAAGAUUUCCAAUUUAAAUGCACAAUUUUACCUCAUUUUAUUUAUAAGGAAUUAUUACAGAAAAUGCAAAUAUCAGUAUUUGAAAAAUACAUUCCAUUACACAGACUCCAAAGAAACGAUGCUGAUACGCGCCAUGGUCCUCUUAAGAUGCCCUUGCCCCACACCGAGCACCACCCGGAUGGCUUGGAAGCCAAGGUGAUCAACCCGAAUGUGUGCCUGCUGUUUCUGCCCAGCCCCUCCCCUUGGUAUAGCACACAGGUUGUCAUGGUAACAGCCAGCUCCACACAUCUGCCAAAAAGGACAUUGAGCCAUUAAGUCGAGCAGGCUGCCAACUCAAGACUCCUUAGCUACAGAAAACCAACGUUGUCAGUUGUAACAGGUUACUGCAUUAUUUAUGCCACACACAAAAAGUAACUGUACAGGCAAUGAUCUUCCAAAGAAAGUCUUUAAGGCAUCUAUGAUAACUUCUGGAAAUGUAACAAGUGUUUAGUUUUUAUCUUGUCAAAUAAUCAGCUCUUCUCUAAAUUACUUGCACAAAAAAGGGGAAUGUGGCUUCCAAACCCCUUCAGAAAGCUGUUUCCCCUCUGCUCCCUCCCCUCCACAGCACAGGCUGGGGAGCUCUGGUGCUUCAGAUCUGCAAGGGCUGGGUUUGCCAGCCUUGGGCCCGGUUCUCCCGGGGCUGGUCCUGAGGGAAGCAACCCUAGGUCCUGGAAGAAAGCUUGUUUCAGAAGCUCCAUCACGGUCUCAACCUGCAAGCUCCAAGGGGGGCUGUCACCGAACCGGUGCAUUUACCUGCUCAUGUCACCAUCGCCUGGGGGGUGGGGCUUAGUCUGCCUCUCACGCCUAAGCAUUAUAUAGGUCAAUGGAGUUUUUUCUCCAGAUUAAAAAAAAAAAAAAAAAAAAACCAAAAAGCUGGAUGGAGAUCAAGGCUCUCCCCUGCCCCAAGGCUCUUCUUCCACUUCACGCCUGCGGACAAGAUGAGCACACUGUUCCCUACAAGGUGGGAGACACGAAUGGGGAGGGGUGGGGAACCCACAUGCAGGCCGAGUUCCGCGCAGGGACCCCAUUCAGGGAGAAGAGUGAGACGCUGAACAGGGCGGUCACAAACAACCCAGGGCUCUGAGGUAGAGGACUGACAGUCACGGGGACCCCACUCCUGGAGAGAAUAUGGCAGGUGAACCGAGCAAUCUCGUCUGGCCUCGACGAAACUGUAACCGGGGUGGACAACGCACAGCAACAAGCUCCGAACAGAACACACACGCUAAUACCUCCUUCAGUGAGACACCACUAAAAAGACAGCUGCAAGUCAAGAAGUCCUAAGGGGAGGCACUUAAAUUUGUGGAAAAUUCCUGUGUUAGAGGGUCACUGCGAGAUCGUUCUAGCCAUUCCAUUUAUACAUAGCACAGGGUCUGUACCCUCCUCUUAAAAAGAAAAGAAAAGGCUGUUAAGAACACACUGUAGCAUAAAUCUGGGGAUGAGCAAGAGGCAGUUAAAAGCUAAGUGAGGGUCACAUGUUGACUGACGCGACACGUUAGAGGUCCGUAGAGUUCAUUCUUCCUGCUCUACUCAUUUACAGUUGGCAACUUUCUGGAUAAAUAAAAUUGAGAUGUUGCUAUUAGUAGUACUUAAGCUAUGGGUUCAAACUUCACAAGAACAGCUAGGCAGUUGUAGGAUCAAGUGUGACAGCCUGGAGAGCACAGAGGGGACAGAGAACAUGCACAGCCCCCCCCCGCCCCCGGCAGCCACCACUGGAGGACCCUGCGGCACGCAGCCCCGUGCACGUCGGCACCUCAGGGAGAUCCGAGACUCUGGAAAGGUGCUCUUUCUAGAGCUCCAAGAACGCACCCCCAAGCCAAUGUGGAACUCACGCCAUGUUCCCCCCACCCCAUGGCGGCUAAGUACCAUUGCUAUCCCUGGACUCCACGAAGAAAAAGGAAGUUUGACUCAACAUAUUUUAAACAUGAUUUGAAGUGCGAUUAGAGGCAAGAUUGUUACUGGAACUGGUAAUGGUGGGGCAGGGACAGGACAAUCAGCCUCAUCCCUGACUGAAUUCCUGCCCUCCUCUCUCCACCACAAAUGUUAAAAGAACAGCUAUAAAAGUACCGACCACCUCAAUGCCUAUCUGAAGCAUAAUUAUCUUUCCAGUUAAAGAACCAAGCCACCUAACUAAGGCCUACUUCCUCGGGCCCUGUUUAGGCAACAGAAAAUGGAAACUGACCGCAUGUUUCAUAUGGUCAGGUGUUUGCCAAGACUAGUUGUUUUUCUAUAAAAAUUCUAUAUGAAAUAUGUCACAGACUUUAGGGGACAAGGAAACCCCUCUAAUUAAUUUUUUCCUUGAAACACUGUGCACAAGCUCAUAUUAACAUAGAAAGCAUAUAUAUCUUAUAAAUCACAGAAAUAUUAAAAAAAAAAGUAGCACUCUGGUUUAUCAGCUCAUUUUACACACAUUUUUAGGCAACAGGAUAUGUAAAUCUCCAGCAACCCGGAGGACAUCCCGCUAUCCAAACAAAAAACCAGCCUGUUGCAAAAAAACAUUUAGUCCCUGUUAUACAUGUAUCCAUACUUCAUGAAUGCAAAAAAAAAAAAAAAAAAAAAUGUAGUGGUUAUUAAAUGUCUGAAAAAAACAGUAUGUAUGGCUGAGACUGUUAAUCUCUGAGUGUAACUACAACACAUAUGGUUCAUCUCAGAGUUUUGUUUUUAUCUUUUUUUAAAGCAGUGGUAGAAGUUUCUCUUCAAAUGUGCAUAUUUAAAGAACUGGCCAAACGUUCAAAAAAAUGAAGUGGGUUAAUGGGUUCAUGUACAUACCAGCAGCCGCUAAGGCCUGAUAAGCUCUGGGGCCUCACUCAGCACACGCUGGGCCAGGGCCUUCGGCUGCCGGCUCUCAGGGGCGGGACAAGCGACACAGAACUGGGACCUGGGACCGACAGCACGCACGGCACGACCGGGAAUCGUUCAGCAAGAAGCCCUCGGGCGAGGAGAUGGGACCUGUCGGCCCGAGGUCAGAGAGUCCCCCUUCUCCUCGCUUGGCCCGUGAGACUCUCUUGCUCGACACGACACUCGGCAGGAGUUUUCCCUUUAAGACUCAGUGUGAGCUGAGGUCCGGUCAAGGCUGAUCCUUGACAUCGCCGGGGCACAGAUGCAGGAGGGGUCUGUUGAAUAUGGAUUUUUAAAUUGGAAUCGGCAAUAACGCAGCUAUAUAAAAAGUGCAGUACACUCUGGGUGCAUCUCCUCCAGCGGCGCCCAGCGGGAGAUGAGAGGACUCCGGGGACAGGACACAGCGAGAUGACAGGAGGAGACGGCUGCUCGGAGGUGGCGCGGCCAAAGCGCAAUCCUGACACCCGAGCAACAUGAAUACUGGUAAAGCUUUCAGUUGUUAAGGCCACAAGUUUUUCAGCUCUCAUCUUUGAACCCUGUUUAGAAAGAUUUCACCUUUUUUUAAAGGGGUAGCUCACUAAAAAUACAGCUUAGCUUUUUCCAAAAAAAAAAAAAAAAAA